AUGGCCGGCUUAAGCCAUGCUAAAGGGUUAAGGAAUGGCAAUACCAAUUGUCUGAAUUGGUAUCUUAAUUUUUCUAAAAGUCAUGAUACACUAAGAUACCUCAUUAAAUUCUAUAAAAAACUAAAUUUAGAAGCUAUAAAUCCUGAUUUAGGUUCUCUCUCGAGCAGUUCCAUUGAGUUCAUCCAAGAUGACACCGUACAUUACGGCUGUAGGAAGAGACGUGGCACUUCUGGUGACAAAGUGGAAGGUACUGCAGACAGCAAAGAUGAGGUAGAAGAAGAAGAAGACGACGAAGAUGAAGCAGCAGCUGAAGAAGAAGACCCUAUUGAAUUUAUUGACUUCACUGAUAAUGUUUCCAGCAAUGAUUUCAUCCCCUUACGACAACUUCCUCGCAACCAGCCUGAAUUGUCUGCAUCGCAUUCAACUGAAAAAGCCUCACCUGUAUCGCAGGAUGGUUCUGAGGAUUCUUCUGAUUCAGUGACAGUGCUUUCAGUACCAAACUCUGACAUAGAAAAUUUGCCUGAGGACUUUUGGUUUGAUUCUGACUUUGAACUCCUCAAUCAGCAGAACUUCUCAGAUUUGGCAUAUCUUCAGCUGGCUGCAAGAACUGGAAGUGGACCAAAUUCAUCUGACCAAUGUGACCUCAAGUUCAGGAAUUCUGAUCUUGGUAAUGCUAUCUGCAAAAAUGGUAUCUCUGAUGCAAGUGAUGCUGAUGAUGAGUGCAGCAACAAUGCCGGGUCCAUUUCUGCAGAAGAGUUUGAGCAAAACCCACCAGAUUCUCAACUGUUCAGUCAGACCGUUUCCACUGUCAGUGCAACACCUACCCCUAUGCAUUCAUCACAAUCUGAAAUGUCUUCGCUGAUUCUCAACAACCAGAGGAACGUCCCCAAAUGGUCGUGCGGUUUUCUCAUAUUUCUGGUCUUGGCCCUUGGAGCCCUUCAUGCUAUCUCUACACAUUACUAUUAUGGAGAUACUCAUUUUAACAUUGCCACAGAUGAUCCUAAUCUAAUAAAACAGAUGGAGACUGUUUAUCAACUUAAUGAACAGAAUAAACUCCUAACCAAACAUGUGCAUUCGUUGAAAGAAGAACUUCAGAAUGUGCUAUCUUCGAAACAUCUGUUAUCUGAAGAACUGCAUCAAAUGAAUAAUAUGCUUAAGAACCGAAUCUCAGAUCUUGAUGUACAGAUUGUCGAGCUGCGACAAGACAUAUCUGGGGUUAUCUCUAAACCAGAGACAACAGAUCCUUCUAUUGUAAUUAAUGAAGAAACUGAUGCCAGGCCUGAAGAUAACGAGGCUACGAAGACUGCUGAAUUCCCUUCUGCUCCAUUUACCAAUGAUGAUGCCAACAAGAAGCCGGAUGGAGGUGAUGAGCGUCAACAUUCUAUGAUUCUUGUACAGAAACUGGAGAGAGAGAUAAAAAGAGUUGAACUGUGGAAGAGGCUCUACUUCCAUAAACGAUGCCAAUCAAAUGAUUCUAGCCAUUCACAGAAUCCCAGAGACAUGAAAAGUUUAAACGAGUUAUUAAAAGAGUUGUCAUUUACAGCUUUGAACUUCUCUGGCAACGGCACUUUAACUUUAGAAGCUGUUAAAGAACUUAUGUCAUCUUCAGUUGUGGAACUAUCACAGAAGGCUCAAAAUUGGAAAAAUUACAUCUCUGAGAAACUUCAGAACUUUACAGCAGAAAGUCAAAACUGGAAGAACCAGCAAAACAGAAAGGGAAAAUCCAGACCCUCGUUUAGAAAUCUUGAUAUGUAUGCUCAAAAAAUGAUGAACAAACUCCAUGCUACGAAAGAAAAAUUACAAAAUAAAUUUCAGAAGACUCUCGGUAAAAUCAGUAGCAAAUUAGAUAGUUUUUUGUUAAAGAAUAAUCUUGGAAGUUUCUUUAAUCUGCGCAAACCAGAACCAAUUGAAAAAUCUAGCCAGAUGGAAGCAAAAACAACACUGGGACAAUACAAAGGAAAAGACUAUCGUAGAAGAACAGAGGGGGAUGAAAGAUCAGUUGGGAUUAAGAAAUCUCUUUCUAAAGAAAAUAAUCUCCAGCAUGAUAAAUAUAAGGAAAGUGGGAAGAAUACAAGACGGAACAUACAUGUGGUUAAUUUUAAAAAGGAAACAUCUUUCAGUAAUGAAUACAAUAGAGAAAGAUCUUUGAAUAAUGAAGAUAAUAAGGUAAGUUUUUUGAAUAAUGAAGGCAAUAAGAAAAAUUCUUGGAAUAAUGAAUAUAAUGCUAAUUUUCAGAUAUUUUCACCUGAAAACAUUGAUGAGCGCAAGGAAAACAAAAACAAGAAUCACCGACAGAAUUUAGGCAAAAACUUUAAGGAAACUGAUAAAAAACACAAAGAUGGAUGUAAGAAAAAGGAUCAUUUAAAUAAAGGGAAAAAUAGGGACUUUCAUAAACAGGAGAAAAGGGAAAAGAGGCAAUUGUCAAAUAAAGAAGAAAGUUCCUAUUCUCAUAAAGACACAAUUACAAAACAGGAACAUAGACGGAAGAAUAGAAAUAAUGAAAAGGUGCGAUUAUAUAAAUUGAAUGAAAAGAAAAAAACUAGUUUCCAAGUUGAAGAACAAAAAGACCACUUUGGUAAGCAGAAUGGUAAGCGAAAGAAACGUCCAGGUAGGCAGACAGUUAAAGUUAAAAAUCAAAGUGAGAAUUUUGAAAGAAAACAAAUCAAAAAGAAAAGGAAAUCAGAUCCAAGCAGAAAAAAGUUCCAAACUCAAGGCAAGCACAAAUUCCAAAGGUUUUCCCGAAAAUCUUCACAUAAUAAAGAACUACAUCGAGAAUAUUCUAGAAAAUGGUCAUCAAAGCGUUCCCAUAAUUUAGGUGGAAAGCAGCAUUUGAAAUGCAGAAAAAGGUUGAGUAACAUUGCAAACAGAAUCAAUAAAGUCUCAGAGGAGAACUUCAGCCUUAUGAAGCAUCGCAAGAUCAGGCAACUUGCUUUUACGUUGUUUCAUUACAACAAAGAUUGUCUUCGAGAAACAGUCCAGUCUCAGCAUCUGUGGCCAAUGUGCCAGCAGAUUUGGUGGUCCCUCUGUUGGCAAGGAUUGCUGAUUGCUAACCCUCCCAACUCACUGUGUUAUGGACAUUUGUUACCAUGGCAAUUGGCUGUAACUGCGUCUCCAGCUAGUUAUGUUGGGUGCGAAAGGUGUGGAUGCUCCUACUGGUCGGUACACUUUAAUGACACGUCUUCUGGGGAAUCGGAGGAGAAUUUCAGCUGUCAAAAAAUAGAUUGCAGUAAUAACUUUGACAGCCGACAACAGCAGAGAAUUUUGAAAAACAAAAUGCCGAUGUCUGGGAUGUGGUACUUCAAAGAAGACAGUUGGCGGCAUUAUAACGGCAUGGAACCAACAUUAGAAGAGAAGACCAAUUGGUACAUAAAGAUGAUGGAAGCAAGACAGAACCAACACCAACAGAUGCAUUGAAACAUCACAGCAAUGCUUCAUCCGCUGUAAUAGCUAUGGUGACCACCACCAUUGAAAGUACAUUUGCAAUGGUUGUGAUCAGGCUUGUUAGUCAGCCAAAUUUUGUCAUGAUGUACAGCUCCUACAUGUUUCAUGUCAUAGUGUUUAAUCCUACAUGUUUAAUUAACCAUUGAACUAAUUGUAUAUGCAAGCUAUUUCUGAAAGUAAAAAUAUGACAACAUCUGACAGGAAUCGCUGUGUCUAAAACGAAUGAUAUACGCUCAGGUAAUCAUGAAUGGAAGCUUUAUUUGUAGGCAAAGAUGGCUGCAUUCUUCUCCUGUGUAAUGAUUAGCAUGCUUUCUUGGUUGCACAGUCACACGCAUAGGGAUUUGAUUCCUGUCACAUGUUGUCACAUUUUGGCUUCUGAAGAAUAUGUUUUGAGUAUAUAAGACAAUAUUUAUAAUAUAUUUUCUAAUGAAAAAAAAAAUGCAUCAUUAUGAUUACUCUAACAUUACACACACACGUAUGUAUAUAUAUGUAUGUAUAUAAGUAUGUAUAUGCAUGUGUAUAUGUCUGUGUACAUAUAUAAAUGUAUAUACAUUCAUAUACAUAUAUGUACAGUCACAUAUAUAUAUAUAUAUAUAUAUAUAUAUAUAUAUAU